GGGUUGCGUGUAAGUUGCAGGCAGAGCAUUUUACUUUGGCGCGGGUGGCUCUUGCAUUCAGUCCGCUGCGAUGGAGCUUCGCGAGAUGAAUGUCGCGACGGACGUCGAUGAAACAGCGGAGCUCCUGCCGGCAUCUCAACGCGAUGAAGAAAUUGAAAGUUAUUUUAUUGAAUACGCCAUUCAAAAGGAAAUAAUUAAUCGAAAUCGAACGAGUGCCAGUCGACGAUUGCUCAAUCAAGCUGCAUUGCAGGGUGAACAAAGUUCCUCAAACACCAAUCAAAAGGAAGAUCCAUGCGCGGGAAUAAGUUUUAUUCAAAUUACUGGUCCAAAUUGGCCGCCGUCACGAAAGCGAGAGGAAGCCCAGGCUCUCGAGAAUUUGAGAAAAAGAGUUGAACAAUCAAAAUUGUGUAAAAUUAAUCCAGUUACGGAACCAGGAGGAUUGGCUUCAACAUCAGUUGCGUUGAAUACCGCACAACUUCAAGAACUUGACAAUCGACCGAAACUUUGGAAGAAAAUAUUGAGUAAUAGGCCAAUGAGCAUAUCAUAUGACAGUAGUGAUCUGGAGACGAAUUGGCGAGAUAGUGAAUUUAUAACGGAAUGUUUGUGCUGGCAUAAUGUUUAUCGACAACGACAUAACGCUGCACCAUUAACGAUGUCACCGCAGCUGUGUGAAUAUGCUCAAACGUGGGCGAAUCAUCUAGCGCAUACAAAUACAUUUUAUUAUCGUAACGAUCGAGAAGUUGGGCAAAAUUUAUAUUGUCGACCGGGUGGAGGUGUGCCUUGUGAUGUGGCAGGACAAGAGGUUGCCGCUUAUUGGUAUUCUGCUGUUAAACAAUACGAUUUCUUAAAAGAACCCGAUGUCCUACAUGCCAACGUAAAUGCAGGUCAUUUCACGCAGCUGAUCUGGGCCAGCAGCCGACUCUUUGGUGUUGGAAAGGCAAGGAGUAGGAGCGGCAAAAUAAUUGUGGUUGCCAACUAUCAACCCGUGGGAAAUAUGUCAGGACAUUUUCAGCGAAAUGUUUUACCCCCAAUGCCCGAAAGUGCCAAUUCACUCCUACCCCCACCAUCUAGAAUUCGCCAAAGUGAGACCCCAGUAUCUGAAAUGUCCUCGAGUAGCAAUAGUAGUGCAAGUACACAAUAAUACAGUCAACCAAACUGCCUUUUCUGUGUCUGCACGAAACGGGGCGAGCAACGAUGAAUUUACUGAAUUAAUCUCACGGUAAUGUGAUCAAAUUUUCGAAAAAGAAAAUUUAUUCAAGUGCUGAGACAUCUGCAUUAGGACAUCAUCAUCAUACAAAUGAAAAACGAAGAAACCGUUGAAAAUCGAAAAAUAUGUCGGUAUUAUAGUCGAAAUUAUAAAAUUGGAGAAAACAAAAUUUUUAUAUGCGCAACGAAGAAGGUAUAUUGUAGACAAUCAGAAACAAUCAAUUUUAAAAAUUAAGAAAUCAAGAAAUUUAUUAUGCUCUAUUGCUCAAUGUGCAUCAGAAGAAUCUAAGAAUUGUUCUUUUUCGGAUUUGUGAAAACAAACUCUGAUAUCAAAUUCAUUUCUGAAUUUCCUUUCCAACUAUUUUAUAUAACAAACAAACGAAAAUCAUUAGUUGUUUUAACAAUACGAUCCUCAAGAGACAAUUUGGAUCUUCUUUCGCUGGAAUGUAGAAAAAGGAGCUUGAUCCUCAACCAUAUUUCUUGUUUAUCCAAAUAAUUUUUAAAAAAAACUCCAAACUCCUUCCUUCGAAAUAUGAUCCAAAGUCCUGUCACACAUAAAUUGCAAAGAGAUAAUGCACCUAAUUUAAAAUUCGGUCAUUCCAAUAAAUAUAUCGUAAAGAGGGAAGAAUUUCUCCAAAUCCAUUACAUAUUCAUCGAGUAAUGGUUAUGAAUGCGGAGGGAAAGUUUAGAAAUUUAUAUGAUAAAAUGAUUAUCGUACAGUUUCUCUAUAUAUUUUGUGGUUAAAUGGGAAUUGAGUAAACGUCAUUAAAAUAGCAUUUGGAAUUAUCGAAACUUGAAAACUAUAAUCCAGAGUCUCGUUACCGUGAGAUGCAUACUCUAAAUGAUUCUGCCUUCCAGAAUCGAAGUGUGAUAAAAUGGAGCCUUACACUCGAAUCUUUCGAGUCUUAAAAAUCCCACAAGAUACUUCAAAAAUAUUCUUAAACUUCUUCGAUUCUCUAAAUUCGUUCCUCUCCUGUGAGACUGAAAUCAAAUUCGAAAAAUAUUUGCCAGAAUAUGCGAAAAAUGGAUCUAGCAUAUAAUUACACAAAUUACAAUCUUUCGGUUCCUGAAUUUUCGCAAAAUCGAAAAGAAUUUUUAAGUUUCCCUGAACGUAUUUUUGACUCUCGAGUGGCAUUUUCAUUUCUAAAAACAGUAAUAAAUUUUGGUACUAUAACUUGAGGAACUACUUUUCCUUAAUUACUUUUCAGUUAUUUUAUUUCGUGCAGAUUCUAAAUCCAUUUUUCGAAUAUUGUAUAGAAAAAAAAACAUCAUAGGCACGCUUCUUGAUUAAUUUUUAAGAAGCAAAUUUGACUUGCGUUGCGGAUAAGAAAAAGCAGUGGAUUAAUUAAUAAGAGGUUCCCAAAGAUUUCUAUCAACGAAAAAUCGUGAUAUACAAAACAAAUCACUGCUUAUCGCGUGUUAGGCUGAUGUAUAAAAUAGUUUUUAACUAAUAAACGCAGCAGGCGAGGCUACAAUCAGAAACAUUAUCACGAUAAAAGCUGCUCACGAAUCUAAUGUAUAUAAUAUGUAAAUUAAUAUCUUGUAAGUAAUCAACUAAAUAAUGAUAAUUACUAUUUAGAAUGAAAAGUAGAAAUUAAUUAACACAUUUAUUGCUCCGCCUUCAAAUUGACGUUUAAAAUCAUUUUUCUUUUCAAAAUACCGCACAAAAUAAUAUUUCAAAACUCUUAAGUAUUUUAAAUCUUCAAUUUCUAUAUUUCAAUUUUAUAUAGUUUCGACUUUUCAUAUAAGACUGAAAUAGUUUUAAAGGACAAUUAAAACUAUAAUUAUUUACUUUAUAGAUCCAAUUUGAACAAUCAAAUUUAUUCCACAAUUAUUAUAUAAUAUGUUAAAUCAUUUUUGUACUCAAAUUUCAAUCAUCACGCAAUUAAAAACUUUGUAUUUAAAAUUAUUGCUUUUAUGCGCACAAAUGUAUUAUUAACCAUUAUAAUUAUUGUAAACAAUUAUAAAAGGAAAAUUUGCAAGUACAUAGCAAUAUUCGUAAAUCAAAAACAAGGAAAUAAUCAGAAUUCAACGGCAUUAAACGUCAAACAGGUGAUAAAAAAGAAAAAGGUUUAAAAAUAAUUGCCAAAUUAUGCUGAGCCUUCGCUUCUGCAUUCUACGGGUGCCAAGGCCAUAAAUAGCAAUAUUUAAUUAAAGUAGUCAUCAGUGCGGUGUAUUUGAUAUUCAGUUCCAUUUACCGAUUAUUUGAGAGUGACUAUAACAAUAAUAAUCAAGUUAAGUAAGUAUUUUUUGUACAUCAAUGUGUAUGCGGUUAACGUUUCAAAUAUAAGAAAUAUUAAAAUUAGAUAAAACAUUUUUUCGGUAAAUGAUACUAAAUACCAAACUCACACUAAUAAAAAUAAAUUUUUAAUUUAAACGCGGUGCCUCGUAAAACUUUGUAUUACAAUUUAUAUAUAUUAAUGCGAACGAUAUUAUAUAAAAAAAAAGCGUUUAUCAAUGUGAUUACGUCAAUGUUUAUGCUUUUACUAUUAAUUUUGAUUAGAAAUUUCUAAUAUUAA